UGAAAAAAAUUAAAUUUAAUUACUCGUAACUUUAUGUGGACACUGUCGAUUGGUUCCAUUGUUGCACAUUGUUAGUAGAGUUUUUCGCAAAGUAAAUGUGGAAAAUUUUAGGCUUUUAACUUUAACAAUUUUUGGGUAACGAGCAAAAACCAAAAAAUAUUUCUAAAAAAAAACUGAGUUGCUUUCAGUUUACGCUUCUACUGUGAAUGCGUGUGUUUCCUUUAAUAGUAGCAGCUUAUUAACUGCGCUCUUUUGCGGAUUGAUUCAAUUCACAACCACUGUGACGGACGACAGAUCAUUCAAUAUAUUUUCACCAUUUUGCAAUUAAACUGAUCGUUGCACCGAGCCGUUUAAAAAUGGCUCGUUACGACAACUAUCGCGUCUACAAUGUUGAAUUUAGUAACGAAAAGCAUGUGCAGUUGUUUAAAGAAUUGGAGGAACAAAGUGAUUCAAUGUCUUUCAUUGGCCAUCCAAGAGAAGUAGGCCAAAAAUUAAGUAUAUUAGUAUCCGCUCACAAAGUGGCUGAUCUAACGCUUCUAUUAAAGCAUUAUCGAGUAAUCCAUCGCAUAUUGACGUAUAAUUUCCAAGAAAAAAUCGAUCGAAGCUAUUCGUCGGUAGCGGCUGUUGGGACGGAUGUAACUAAAUUCGAUUGGCACCAUUUUUAUCACUUGGAAACUAUCUAUGAGUGGAUGAACUCUCUAGCGAAAUUAUACCCUAAUUUGAUAACAAUUCUAGAUAUGGGCGGAAGUACUCAAGGCACUGCUAUAAAAGGUGUUAAACUUUCUCAUAAGAAUACCAAUAAAACCAUAUUUAUAGAAGCCGGAAUUCACGCCAGAGAAUGGAUAGCUCCUGCCGCUGCUAACUAUAUAAUAAACAAUUUACUUAGGUCUAAUGAACAAGACAUCCAAAAUCUCGCUAAAUCUUAUAAUUGGAUCAUUUUUCCUUGUAUUAAUCCCGAUGGUUACCGUUUUACUUUUGAAUGUGACCGCAUGUGGCGUAAAAAUCGCCAGCUGUUUAUGACCACUUAUGGUGUGGAUUUGAAUCGAAAUUAUCCUGUUCAUUGGAAUUCCACAGGCAGUAGUACGGACCCGUGUCGCUAUGAUUACGCUGGUCCUUCAGAAGGCAGCGAAUUAGAAACUCAACGUUUAAUAAAAUUCAUUCAAAACAAUGUCAACAAGGAACAAAUUAGAACCUACAUUGCUUUGCACUCAUACUCUCAAAUGAUUAUGUUUCCAUAUGGGUAUAGCAAAGAGCUUGCGCCUAAUUAUGACGACUUAAAGGAAUUAGGCCAAAGAGCCAGUGUGGCAAUUAAGGAGCUGUCGGGCAAAAUCUACACCAGCGGUAGUUUAAUGGAAACUAUUUAUCCUAGCAGCGGUGGCAGUGUGGAUUGGGCUUACUCCCAAGGCAUUUCGAUAGCUUACACGAUUGAAUUGCGUGGCCCUCCCGACAGUGAGGACAUGUUCCUGCUCCCUGCAGAAGAAAUUUUGCCUACCGCACAAGAGGCUUUUGCUGCCAUUCGCAACAUUGUGGAAGGAGCGGCUGAUAAAGGCUAUUAUAAAUAAAUGUUUACACUAUCUCUUAAUCCGCUGUCAGUCUGUUUUAUAGUUUAUUUUUACAAAUAAUUGUAAAAAACUAAAUAUCUGUUUCAAGGGGUUUUAUUAACCCACCAUUAAUAAGCUAAACAAAUAAAUAUGCAUAUAUCGAGUUUUUAGUAAACAAUUCCAUACAGGAGGAUGAGGGAUUUUU